ACACACAUAAAAUCAUCAGCUCCGCCGCUAACCUCAGAGUUUUGUGUCUGCGGAUCGUAGACUGUUUACCGCUUCUUUCUCUGUAUAUUUUUAAUUAUUAUUUUUUAAAAUGAAUUCCAGAGGACUGCUGUUGCGUCUCGGAAGUCGUCUGACCCGGACCAGCCCGUGGAGGAGAUCGGUGCAGUCCGUGGCUGUCCUGGGUGCGCCUUUUUCAAGAGGACAGGGUCGAAGAGGAGUGGAACGCGGCCCGAAAGUCAUCAGAGACGCGGGACUCAUAAAGAGACUCUCCAGUUUAGGCUAUGCGGUCCAUGACCUGGGUGACCUUGACUUCCAAAACCUUGAAGAAGAUAAUCCUUUCAUGGAUGUGAAAUUCCCUCGCACAGUGGGCGCAGCUAAUGAACUGCUGUCAGCCACUGUGAGUAAAGCAGUUAGUGCUGACCAGACCCUGGUCACACUGGGAGGUGAUCACAGCCUGGCCAUCGGAUCAGUGGGUGGCCAUGCCCAGCUGUGUCCUGACCUGUGUCUCAUCUGGGUUGAUGCUCAUGCUGACAUCAACACACCCACAACUUCACCCUCAGGAAACCUUCAUGGCCAGCCUGUGUCAUUCAUGCUCAAAGAGCUGCAAGGGAAGAUCCCGAGUAUUCCAGGCUUCUCCUGGAUGAAGCCAUUUCUCUCCUCCACUGACCUGGUGUACAUCGGAUUGCGGGAUGUUGAUCCCGGAGAGUAUUACAUCCUUAAGAACCUUGGUAUCCGGUACUACAGCAUGAGGGACAUCGACAGACUCGGCAUCGGAAAAGUCAUGGAACUUACUCUUGACCAUCUUCUGUCAAGAAAGCGGCGGCCAAUCCACUUGAGCUUUGACAUCGAUGCAUUUGACCCAUCUUUGGCUCCAGCUACAGGAACCCCAGUGAAUGGAGGUUUGACCUUCAGGGAGGGAAUCUACAUCACUGAGGAAAUCCAGAACACUGGUUUGCUGUCUGUCAUGGACCUGGUGGAGGUGAACCCAGGGCUGGCGUCCAACCGCCAGGCCGUGGAAGCCACUGCCUUUCUAGCAGUAGACAUCAUCGCAUCAUCUCUGGGACAAACGAGAGAAGGCGCACACCUUCCAUUCAAUGAGAUCCCUGCUGUGAAGAACGACACCGAACAGCUCCGCCUCUAAGGCGAGCAAAACUGAUUACUGAACCAAACGCGUGUUUGACGCAGUUUCAUCUAACUGUAGCUGGAAGUUUGACGCUUUUUAUUUUGCCUCUUUGCUACUUAAGGGAAUGUGUCUUCAUUCCUGCACUCUGCAAACAGCAUUUUCCAGCUGUGCAUCAAACAUCCACAAUAAUGACGUUGCCAAAAAUCUUACAAAUGUACUUUUUAAAGUUGACAACAUGAUGAUCCUACAUCAGCAUUAAGAUGACCCUAGUUUGACACACAAAAAACCAGCGAUGCACAAAAACAAAAAAUAUGAAUGUGCUAUUUAGAGGGACAAGAUAAGUUUGCACUUGUAUAUAAAUUUUAUUUGCUGGAUGACCUUUUGUUUUUUUUUUUUAAAUGAAGGUAGCGGAGUAUACUUUUAUUUACAGUAGUAACUCAUUUUAAUGCUUAAUGUAAAACUAUUUCAACAGGGAAUUUGGGAAACUGAUUUAUUUAAGUAAUCCACAUUGCCUAAUUAAACUUGGUCUGUUGCUGACUUGCUGUGAUGUCUACAGUACUGGCAUAAAGGUGAGAGAUGGUCCUUAAUUCCAAAAGUACUCCCGGUGUGCAGUUGAGCAUCUUACAUGACAGUACCCUGAUGUGUGUGUGUGUGUAUGAUUCAAGAUUGUAAAACUAAGAUUUUGCAUCAGAUUAGAGAUUGCUAAACAAUUCAUUUCAUACCUUUUUGAUACAGUUUAUAUUCCAUUCUUCCAUGAGUGUGCUGUAAUUUUUAUGUGCAAGUAUCAUGUCACUUGUUGCGUUUGAAAUUAAAGAAAUGUAACUGAA